AUGGCUCGCAAUAUCCUCAAACUAGGUGCUCUCGAAGCACAAAAGACUGCCUUUUUGUUAUGUGAUAUCCAAGAGACAUUUCGUCCACAUGUAAAACAUUUUGGAGAAGUCGUAAAGGUGGCGAAUAAAAUGAUGGCUGCAGCGAAACUAUUCAAGAUACCUGUCUAUGUGUCAGAGCAAUAUCCAAAAGGACUUGGUCAUACUACUAAAGAUAUUGAUGUAGCUGAAGCUGCAAUGGUUUAUGAAAAAACUAAAUUUUCAAUGUACACUCCAGAACUUCAAGAAAGGCUGAAAAAAGAUGUGCCUAGUUUGAGCUCUGUUGUAUUGUUUGGUAUUGAGGCUCAUGUUUGUAUUGAACAAACUGUUAUAGACCUACUGAAUGAGGACAUAAGUGUUCAUGUAUUGGCAGAUGGUGUUUCUUCGAGGUCAUUGAUGGAUAGGGGAUUAGCUCUGCAGCGUUUUCAAUCCAUCGGGUGUUUUGUGGGCACAUCAGAAAAUGUUUUAUUCAAGUUACUGAAAGAUAAAAAUAAUCCAGCCUUCAAAGAGGUAUCAAAAUUAAACUUGAAACCAACACCUGAUGAGUUUGGUAUGAGUUCAUAG